CAGCCCCGGUCCCCCUCUCGCUGGUUGUUGGUUCCGGCCGAGCCUGAAGUUGAGGUAGCGGGCACGGAGGUGCGGUGCAAGUCCGCUGGGAGCUUUUUAACGGCGCCGCUCCCGCCGCAAUGCAGCUAACCGUGAAGGCGCUCCAGGGCCGGGAAUGCAGCCUCCAGGUGCCCGAUGACGAACGCGUCGCCACCCUGAAGCUCCUGGUUUCCGAGAAGUUGAAUGUCCCGGUGGUCCAGCAGCGGCUCUUGUUCAAGGGCAAAGCGUUGGCAGAUGAGCUUCGACUUUCAGACUAUAGCAUUGGGCCAAACUCCAAGAUCAACCUAGUGAUCAAGCUUCCUGAUGAGGCAACUGCCCGGCUUGGGCCCUCAAAGUCUCAGGCCCCGCCUCAGUCACUCCCCACUUGGUUGCUGGUCUCUCAGAUCCUGGCCCGACACUUCAACACAGCCGAUACCAGGAGAGUCCUAGAGCAGCUACAGAAGGACUAUGAUCGGAGUCUUCGCCUCCUGAGCUUGGAUGAUAUCGAACGUCUGGCCACUCGUAUGCUCAACUGUACUGUAUCUGAGCCUGUGGAAGCUGGCUUCCUGGAUUAACUCCUCUCCCCUCCGUCCCCCUCCCUGCCAAAAAAAAAAAAACAAAACACUAGGGAUGGAUGGAUAAAAUAGUAGGGGUUGGUUUUCUGGCUGAAAGCUGACUCUGUGCCUGCUAUCUCCAUCUAUUCCCACUGGGAUGUGGAAAGAAGGAAGGAAGGAUGGAAAGAUGGAAGGAUGAGGGGAGUAGCAGAGAGAAUUGGCUUUUGUGGUGCAGGGUGAGAGAAUGGCCAGGGACUGGCUGCCAUGACACCCUUCCCUCCCCAGGAUAUCCCUUCCUUGGUCUACUAACCUUCCAGUGUCACCAUUAGACUGCAUUCUGAGUAUCCUUGGCCCCCAGGGCUGCUUCCCUUUGAGCACAGAGUCAUGGACUCUUCUCUCCAUUUUUAGCCCUCUUUCCAACAUGAACAAAGCCUGCCCACAAAAGGACAGCCUGACAAAGGAUCAGAAAGCCUUACGGGAAGCCUUCCUUCCUCCCUUCUUUCCUUGCUUGAGCAUGGUGGUUAUGAGAGCAGCUGCCCUUGGUGGUAGUAGCCUCUCUCCUGGAGCCCCAGGGCUCGGGGCCAGUCAUGUUCCUGUUUAGCCAUCCCUUCUUCUUGUUUGAAGGUGGGGCCCUUCCUGUCUGGUUCUUCUUGCUUGGGUGAUGGGGUUGUGGUAAAAGCUCAGGGUUACUCAUUGCCAUCAUGAGGCCUCACCUGCGUGAUCCUCAGGGUCUUCCUACCCUAGGCCUCUGGGGUGCCGACUCUUAGUGAGGGGAGGUAGGGGUGGAGGAGCCUCCAGGUUCUCUCUUCUGCUUGGGAGAGAGAAUGAUGCUUUUCACAGUUUUGCUUUCAAUUAAAUCUUUAUUAAACACCUCUA